UCAUUAGCUUAUUCAUAGCCUAACAUCUGAACCGGCGACUCAGCUCAAACCCCGCCCCUCGGCCGUAGCUCCUCCUCCGCCGUGGCUCCGCCCCACCUGCAAGACAGGGUGUUCGCGGCUAAGUCCCCGGCUCCGGCUGUGGCGUUUACGCUGCUCGCACACCCUGCCCGCCACGUUCGUCAGCCCUGUGACCAGAGCGAGGCCAGGGCUGGGGUGACCCUCCUGAGGGCCGACCCCCUAAUCACCCGUCCCAAGUUUUUUGUCAGCCGCGAGGUCAGCGGGACCUGCCCAGAGGGCAGGCGGAAGCGGACCUUGCCGCGGCCAUGACGGCUCUUAGCCGCUUCCCUCGGCUGGGGAGAGACCCGCGCUUUCCCGGUUUAUCCCUGGGCGCCCUGCGCCGCUGCUGGCGGCACGUGGGGGCCUUGAGUCCGGAGCAGGGCGGACAGGAGCGCCUCUUGGAGCCAAAGACUGAGGCAGCGCGGGGUUUGGGAGUGGGCUGGGCGUCGCCGUCACACCGGCAUUUCUGUUGACAGGGUUGGAAGAGUCCGCUGUGCUUUUGGAUGGAUCUUCGUCACCGUCCUAGGAUUGCUCACCACCCUCAAGCUUAAAAACCCAGCCAAGAGCCUUUGACGGGCAUCUUUAAGGGCUGAGUUGAACACGGCUGAAGGCUGGGGCUGUCUUUUCCCCUGGCGUCUUCCUCUGAAGCUGGCAGAAUGAUGGAGACAUGGUACUGAUUGUAUGAAAGCAACCCCUUCAGCCGAGUCCUGACUUCCUGGGAAGACCUGUGGAAGAAACAGGCCCCUUGAUGCAGAUGGCCACGAGUGGAUAGCCACCAGCAGGAGGAUGGAUUCAUGAAAGCUCAACUGCUAGUCCAUGGACCAUAAUGACUCCCAGGAUACCCAAUGCUAAGGAACCCUUCGCUCAUCUCCAAGCUUUGUGUCUGCCCUUGCUCCAAAGGAUGGGUUCUCCGAGUGCAAGUUUUGGCCAAGUUCCCACACAUGCUCCAUGUAGAAAAGAAGCUGGUGCACCUCUCAUGCGUGCCACCCUGGGAGAACACCUCCCUGUUCAGCUGGAGGGAAGUCGGACAGCAUCUGAGAAGAGGCUGGGAUCGUCAUUUUGCAAACACACCUCUGUAUCCCUCAUAAAGAAGGUUUUUUUCCUUGUUCUGGGGUCUCUUGAAACACCUGGGGUGAGGAAAACCCUCCGCAUCAGCCAAGCAGAAGAAAGAGGAUCUAUGCCUGAGGUGGAUCAGCUAGGAGGGGCUCCUCGCAGCAUAAAGGGAGGCACUUUUCACACUCUGUUUCGGAAUGAGAAGUUCAAUUCAUGAGCACACAUGAUUUAGAAGACAUGGGCUGUGGGACUUCCUCGUCAACGAAAGAGAGGAAAUCUGAGAAAGCGCUAAAAGCCGCGUUGGUCAUCCAGAACUGGUACCGUGGUUACAGUGCUCGGUUGAAGGCCAGACAACGCUAUGCCCUCACCAUCUUCCAGUCCAUCGAAUAUGCUGAUGAACAAGGCCAAUUGCAGCUAUCCAACUUCUUUUCCUUCAUGUUGGAAAACUACACACAAAUACAUGAAAAAGACCCAGAAUUACUUGCUCGACUUUUUGGUGGAACCCUCCAGGACUCCAAGGACAGGCAGGAGUAUGUCUCCUUCGUAGAGGUCCCAGACUCCUAUAAUGGUCCUCGGCUGCAAUUUCCUCUCACUUUUACUGAUAUUGAUUUACUUGUUGAGGCCUUCAAGCAACAACAGAUUCUUCACGCGCAUUAUGUCCUAGAGGUGCUCUUUGAAACAAAGAGAGUCCUGAAGCAAAUGCCGAACUUCACUCAAGUCAAAACUUCUCCCACCAAAGAGAUAACAAUCUGUGGUGAUUUGCAUGGGAAACUGGAUGAUCUUUUUUUGAUCUUCUAUAAGAAUGGUCUCCCCUCAGGGAGCAACUCAUAUAUUUUUAAUGGUGAUUUUGUAGAUCGAGGAAAACAUUCCAUGGAGAUCCUAAUGAUCCUGUUUGUGAGUUUUCUUGUCUACCCCAAUGACCUGCACUUGAACAGAGGGAACCAUGAAGAUUUUAUGAUGAAUCUGAGGUAUGGCUUCACAAAAGAAAUUUUGCAUAAAUAUAAGAUGCAUGGAAAGAAAAUCUUACAAAUCUUAGAAGAUGUCUAUACCUGGCUCCCAAUUGGUACAAUCAUUGACAAUGAAAUCCUGGUCAUACAUGGUGGGAUAUCAGAGUCCACAGACUUGAAUUUGCUCCACCAUAUAGAAAGACACAAAAUGAAAUCUGUGCUGAUGCCACCAAUUUCCAUAGAUGAAGACCAUGAUACUGACUUGAAGAAAACUAAGACAGGUGCAAAUGUUGUACCUCGGGAAAUCAAAACAAAUGAAUCCCCUUCCGAACAGUUACCAAAGCAUGAAUGGGAACAGGUUGUCGAUAUUCUGUGGAGUGAUCCCAGAGGCAAAAGAGGCUGUUACCCAAACACAAGUCGUGGAGGAGGCUGUUAUUUCGGACCAGAUAUUACCUCCAAGAUUCUUAAUAAGUUUCAGUUGAAGAUGCUGAUCAGGUCUCAUGAAUGUAAGCCCGAAGGGUAUGAAAUCUGCCAUGACGGGAAGGUUGUUACGGUAUUUUCUGCUUCUAAUUAUUAUGAAGAAGGCAGCAAUCGAGGAGCUUACAUCAAACUGUGUUGUGAUAUGACCCCUCGAUUUUUCCAGUACCAAGUAACUAGGACAACGUGCUCGAGGCCUCUCUACCAAAGGGUGAAUGCUAUGGAAAGUAGUGCCAUCAGGAUAUUGAAAGAGAGAAUGCUUUCACGAAAAACUGACCUCAUUCGUGCUUUCCAACUUCAAGACCGCAGUAAAUCAGGAAAACUUUCUAUGAGCCAGUGGGCCUUCUCCAUGGAGAACACUUUGGGGCUGAACUUACCAUGGAGAUCCCUGAGUCCACAUCUGGUAACCACAGACAAAAAUGGAAAUAUUAACUACAUGUCCACCUUCCAGGAUAUCCACAUUCAGAAACCUGUGAAAGAGGCUCAGUCUACUCUAAUUGAAACUCUGUACAGAUACCGCUCUGAUCUGCAAAUCAUCUUCAAUGUCAUUGACUCUGAUCACUCAGGCCUGAUUUCCAUGGAAGAAUUUCGUGCCAUGUGGAAACUCUUCAAUAGUCACUACAGCAUUCACAUUGAGGAUUUUCAAGUUGAUGAGCUCGCUGAAAGAAUGGACUUAAACAAAGAUGGAAGCAUUGACUUUAAUGAGUUUCUAAAGGCUUUCUAUGUAGUGCAUAAAUUGGAGAAGUUGAACAAAUCAGAUGGCCACCCUCCUUAACAAGAACGAGGGCUUUCCCUCCUUGUAAACUCUUGGGCCCAAAUCACUGGCGCCAUCUUUGCAGAACCCUUGUAAUUCAUAAUCAGUAGUAGAGAAAAGUAGACCCCCCCCCCCCCAUUCAUGCCACAAGCAGAUGUAUAGUAUGGGGUUUAAAGUCCCCACGAAGUGGUAAUUGGUAAACUAGGUUAAAUGUCAGCUGAUAGGAUUUGGCUCCAGUGUUAGGACUCAUACAGUGCCAGGUAGAAACUGGGUUUGAGCCUAGUGUUGGCCUCUUGGACCAGGAGACCAGAGCAGUUUGGAAACAUGUUGAAAGGAACCCACAGAGCACCAGAAAAAAGUGUAACAUGUGUGAGUGACUGAGGGAUGGGAGGAGGCAUACCAAACUAUUAAUGGAAUAAAAU